GAGCGAUAGGGAGGAACAAUAAUCGGACGACCAGAUCUUGCGAUCAGCAAGACGCCCAAUUGCCCAUUUGGCAUUAGGACCAGAGGGCGACAAAUACCUGUUCCACCAGCGUAGGGAGAGGCUGCAGCAGCAGUAGAGAGCUAGGGACGCAGAAGCCAGCAGAGCUUUAGCAAGUGAAGCCGCUGCUUCAGUAGCCAUGGCUAGCGCUGCACAACAAUCCUCUCAGGCUGGGAGUUCAGGAGCUGUAGGGUCAGUUGCAGCGCAGACCCAGAGUCAGUCGGCUGAAGUAAUGGCAAGCCAGUCAACUGUGUUGUCACCCGAGGAGAUCGCCAUACAGCAGGCUGCCCUGCAAGAGGCACAACUACAGAAAGCUUUAGGGGAGAUAAAAGCGAAGAAAGAGAGAAUGAUUAGAAGAGUAGCCAGGAUGCAGCGAAGAGAAGCGGACGUUAGGCAGUUAGAGGAAAUGGAUCUGACCAAUAUGGAUGCGGACGAGGGUAGUUUGGAUGGCCCCGUUAGGAGUCAUAGAGACACAGGACCAUCAAACUGCCAUCCUCCAAGACAUUCAGCAGAGUCUAGCCUGGCUGGUUGGACGAUUGCAGGCGGCUCCAUUACCGUCAGGGCCUGGUGCCUGGCCCGUGGCACAUCCUCCUCCUCCUGUCCCACCGGUUACUGGGCCGCAGGGGAUGCAGCCCCAGCAGCAACAGGUGCAGCAACCUGUUCCCCAGAGUCCACAACCAAGUGUGGGACAGAUGCACGGACAAGAGGGGCGAAGACGGCAAUUGCUGCUCCUAAACCCUUUUCAGGGGACAAGAGGGGCGAAGACCUCGACACGUGGUUGAGGGCUGUGCCGGUCUAUGUGAAGUUUAAGUUGACCUUGCCGCACAAGGAAGUGCUUGUGGCUACCUCCUAUCUAGAGGGGAGUGCAGCAAGAUGGUUGAGUGGGUUAGUGCAACUACAGGGAUAUGGUCACGGCUUCUGCGCUUGGGCAGCCAACCAAAAGCUGGAUGACUUUCUCAAGUUAGUGGAGGAGAGGUGGCAUGAUCCUCGGGAGGCUCAAAAGGCCACUGACGCGAUCCUGACUUUGAGCGCUCAUUCGUUUAAGUCAGUUAAGGAAGCCACAGACGCAGUAGAGCUCCUAUUUGUUCCAAAGAAGGGAGGCACAUUGAGGAUGUGCAUUGAUUAUAGGGGCCUCAAUGCCAUCACAGUGAAAAACGGGGAGCCACUACCGCGCAUCGACGAUUUGCUUGAUAGAGUGCAAGGGUGUCGGUACUUCAAUAAGAUAGAUCUGAAGUUCGGGUACCAUCAGAUUGCAAUCCGGCCUGAGGAUCAGCACAAAACCGCCUUUCAGACCAGGUACGGUCUGUACGAGUUUGUGGUGAUGCCAUUUGGCCUGUGCAAUGCUCCUGGCACCUUUCAGCACGCUAUGAAUCGGAUCUUUCAUGACUACUUAGACAAGUUUGUCAUCGUGUACCUCGAUGACGUACGUAUCUUCAGUAGGACUGUCGAGGAGCACGUGGCACAGUCAGAUAAAGUCCUUAGUCUCCUUCGUCAGCACAAGUUCAAGAUUAACGGUGAGAAGUGUGAAUUUGGCCGCACCCGUAUCUUGUACUUGGGCCAUGAGAUUUCUGCGGAUGGGUUAAAGCCUGAUGACGCGAAGGUGGCCAGCAUUCAUGAUUGGCCAUGGCCAAAGUUGAGGCCAGUCGAGUACAUGUCCAAGAAAAUGUCGUCUCAGAAGUUGGCAAAGUCCACCUAUGAGAAGGAAAUCUAUGCGGUGUACAAGGCUCUGACCCAUUGGAGGCACUAUUUCCUUGGGAGGUUCUUCAUCCUCAGGACUGAUCAUCAAACCUUGAGAUGGAUGAGAACACAACCGGUGCUCUCUGACGCUCUAAAGCGUUGGAUCGAAGUCAUUGAGCAGUAUGACUUUGACCCGCAGUACCUGAAAGGGGAGUACAACAAGGUUGCUGAUGCCUUGUCGCGUAGACCUGAUUUCUCAAGUGCACUGAUAACUGAGUUCGAUCUGACGGACGAUGUAACUCGCUCUUUGGUGGAAGCCUAUCGCGAGGACCAGUUUAUGUCUGAGAUCAUACACAGACUAGAGGCGAAGGACAAAAAGACUUCUGCCGAGUUUGAGUUGGUCAACGGCUUGCUGUUCCUUGAGAAGGCAGGGAAUAAACGAUUGUGUGUUCCAAAUAGAGAGUCUUUGCGUAGUUUGUUUUUAGGCGAGUGCCAUGAUGUCACCGACCAUUUUGGGUACAAGAAGACCGCAACCAAUCUGUUGCAACGGUUCUUGUGGCCCACGAUGAUGCGAGAUGCCCAGCUGUACGUGGAGACUUGUCAGGUCUGUCAGAGGGACAAGCCACGUACUCAGGCUCCUCUUGGGCUUUUGAAGCCCCUUCCGAUUCCGGAAAGGCUUGGUGAGAGCCUGUCCAUGGACUUCAUGGAUACGCUGGUCACCAGCAAGAGUGGGAUGAGACACAUCUUUGUCAUCGUGGAUAGGUUUAGUAAGUAUGCUAGAUUAGUGGCCAUGCCGGAGACUGCGAAGACCGAGUACGUCAUCAAAUUGUUUAAAGAGAACUGGGUCAGGGAUUUUGGUUUGCCCAAAUCUAUAGUGAGUGACAGGGAUGUCCGAUUCACUAGUGAGUUGUGGAAGGCAGCUGCUGUGGAGCAGGGAACCCAGUUGCAAAUGACCUCUGGGAACCACCCAGAGGCCAACGGCCAGGCCGAGCAACUGAACCUCGUUGUACAACACCUGUUGAGGCAUUACAUCAAGCCCAACCAGGUGGACUGGGAUGAGACGCUGGCUCUCAUCGCCAGCUUGUACAACAACGUUGUACACAGCGCUACCAGAGUGAGCCCAAACAGCUUACUGCUGACUUUCAAGCCUAGACUGCCCUUAGACUUCCUUCUUCCUGAGAAUCAGUCAACCGCUGCACCAGGUACCUUAGAAUUUGCCUAUCGGUAUGAACAAAAGAUGCAGCAGGCGGUAGAACAAAUGCAGAAGGCACAGGCGGCAAUGAUAGAGUCUGAAAAUAAACACCGCCGCCCUUCUACGUUUCAGGUUGGGGACAGAGUCUGGGUAAAGUCCUCAGAACUGGGACAGGAGUACGGGAUUUCCCGCAAACUUAUGCCUCAGUACUUUGGGCCUUGGGAAGUCUUAGACGUUGUUGGGACUGAUCUGGAUGGGCCAUCUUACGUAGUUCGGAUCCCUGGUCAUCUUCGCACUUACCCUGUCUUUCACACCUCCAAACUUGCACCUUUCAAGGAAACAAAUGAGUUUCCUUCUCGUCGCUCAAUGCUGCCCCCAACCAUGGAUGGAGAAGUGGAUAUUGAUGACAUAGUGGAUCACAGGGAGCUGCCAGUUCCAAGACCCACAGGCAGGGGAUGUCCUCCGAAGCCGAAGCUGCAGUACCGCGUUCGGUUCCGACAUCAUACUGAUCCAAAGGAGGACUGCUGGUUUACCCGGGAGGAACUCAUGCAGACCGCUCUGCAAGUUGUAGCCCACUACAAGAAAUCUCAGCAGAAAGGAAAGCGCCCAAUGGUCGAAGACUGAGCUUCUCAGAGGACUGUUGAAGCUAAGGAGGAGGGAAUGCGAGGCCACUGCCUCU